AUGCUUUCAUUCAGUUGGAUCGUUGGCGCAACGCUGUUGCUGAGUUUUCAACAGAGCUCUUCGGCCUUACCCGCUGGAGGCAAUCCUCAUCAAGAAAAGCCGGCGCAUCUGCAGGCCCGUUACCGGAUAGUCGGCCAACCCCCGCCUCCAUGCAAGAACCACAUUUGCCCAUUGGCUCUUCGCAGUCGAUCAGAGCAGCCCGCAGGUUAUUCGACUGGCCAGGCCGACACGAGCUCAGAAACCCAGCACGAAGCCGCGCCCACUUACCAAGCCAAGCCUGACAAACCAGCAAACAGCAAGCCGACGUUCCAUGGCACGCACCAGACUGCCCCCAUCACCUGCGGCGACGGCACCAAGCCGCCGUGUGGACAAUCGCCGCCGCAAUCGGACACGCCGCACUUCCCCGGCACCCAUCAAACGGCUCCAAUCACCUGCGGCGACGGCACCAAGCCGCCUUGUGGCCAAGCAAAACCGGCUCCCGUUUUCCCAGGCACACAUCAAACUGCUCCUGUCACCUGUGGCGACGGCACCAAGCCACCUUGCGGCCAGGUCUCGCCACCAGUCAUUAUUCGUGAAACGGCACCUAUCGACUGCGGCGACGACACCAAGGGCCCGUGUGUGAUAACCGACCCCGGAAGAGAGCCUCCCCACCCCGAUCUUCUUCCUCACCCCUACGUUCCUCUCACCUGUGCCGACGGCUCCAAACCCCCAUGUGGACAGAUCCAAUCUUCCAGCGCACACUUCCCUGGCACCCAUCAAACUGCUCCAGUGACUUGCGGCGACGGCACCAAACCCCCGUGCCACUCUACCAACCAGGCCUAUUGA